GAGGGGGGACAAGCAUCCAUGAUGGGCCUUGGAUCCAUUUGCUCGCUCCCCCCUACGAGCCCACCAAGCAUACAUGUGCCACCUACCGUAUAUGAAACCUCAUGCGACAUCAAUAUAAGGGGAAUUCUCCAAAAAGUGGUCCACACUCACCUUAUCUCUUCCUUUUCUUCACUCGGUCCCUGGCGCAAGCCGGCGAGAGGAAGGGCACCGUGGAGGAACAUGGCGACCUCUACUUGGAUGGCAAGCGGCAGGUGGCCGGCGAUGAGGCAAGUUCUCAUCCUCUUCCUCCUCCGUCCCUCGGAUUGAGUAUGAUAGCGCUUGGAUUAGGGUUAGGAUUCACGAUUUAGGGUUUUUGUAGCCACCGGUCACCGACUUGGCGAUGGAGACGGCCGUAAAGGCGGUGAGGUAGGAGCGUUAUCUGUAGUUGGAUGGUGGAUAUGGCUAGGGCGUGGAGCUCCGAAGUGGUUUAUCUUGUUGUCCAUGAAGAUCGACGGAGGCAUCAAUCAACCAGAUCUGGCAGGAGUUGAUGCAGGCAUCAGUGAUGGGCUCGAUAGAAAGGCGGCGGCGGCGACGGAGGUUGUUAAGGUUCAUUGAAUCCAGCCUAUAAACCUGUUUGGACCACUCUGGAUUCUAGAAUCCAGCUUCCGAAAUCCAAACAUUACAAAUUUUAUCACAACUUCCAUAAUUCAGAAGCUAUAGAUUAUACAAUCUUAAAAUCUGGGCAAAUCUAACUUCUUGGUGAUUCUAAAAUCUGGAGGCAUCCAAACAAUCCCUAUAUACGCCAUCGCCUCAAAUCCUGUGGGCGCCGGCGGGCGCGUUUUUUUAUAUAUUUUUCAAAAUCGUUUUUUACAGAAAUAUAUUUUCGGUUUCAUAAUUUACAGAUUUAUAUCCCUACCGCCCGGCUGCGGGGCGGCUGGCCCCCUGUCGCCCUUCUGCCAGGCGGUAAGGACCUUAAUAUAAAUAAAAUUUAUUUUUAAUCGCAUUUUGGCCCCUGGGGGGAGGCUGCCGCCCGGCAGCCGGUUGGCAGGUACCCGCCGCCCGCUAGCCGUGCGGCAGGCUUCCCCCUAUAUAAAAGGCUGAGCUUCCCCCUCCCCUCUCAUUUGCUUCCCACAACAUUUAGAGAGGGGGAGGGAGAGAGUAGGGGUGAGGGAGGGAGUUGCAGCGGCGAAGCCCUGCCGGAUUUUGGAUCCGAACCGCAGGUAUGGCCGAAGAUACGCCAGCUCUACUUGACCGAGUCAUAGACUCGUCGCACCGGUCCUUCCUUGCAGUGGUCAGUGCGUGAAAUUUAACGUGUUGCGUCUACGUCUACCAGCGGAGUGGAUUCCUGUUGACCCACGAUGAGUGCCCAGGUUGAGUGAGGCUGGUCUUCUUACUAUAGGCCGUCUUGCUGAGAGUGGUUUGGCAAAGCUGGACAUGUCCCUACUGACGGCUCUGGUUGAUAGAUGGAGGCCUGAGACACACACCUUCCACCUCCCUUGUGGGGAGAUGGCACCGACCCUACAGGACGUUGCGAUGCUGCUGGGUCUUCCUAUCAGUAGGGAUGCCGUAGGGCCUCGCGUUGUCUCGUCUAUGUGGUUGGACAAUCUAGAAGAGUGUUUUGCAAAUAUUGACAUCGCGAUUGAUUUAGAGGAGCACCCAAAAGCAGCAGGGCCUGCCAAGUCAUGGAUCCUGCAGUUCCAGUCGGACAAUUUGGCACAUGAUGCUGAUGAGGAUAGCGUCACUCGAUCCCUUGAGGCAUACCUGUUGUGGUUGUUUGGAUACAUAAUGUUCAACAACUCACACGAGGCCUAUGUGGAUAGGGUGCUUGUGCCUUACGCACAGGAGAUCGCAGAGGCAGCUGUGGAGGAAAUGCCUCAAUACAGUUGGGGUUCAGCGGUACUUGCAGCCACGUACCGUGGCCUCUGCAAGGCAUCGGUGCAGAAUAAGCACAAUGCAAUUUUUAUAGGAUGUCCGAUUCUGCUACAGCUUUAGUCGUACGAGAGGAUAGCAAUUGGCCGUCCGAUUAUUGACCACUCACCGUAUGAGCCGGAUAUGUACGGUGACACCGAGGACGAUAGGCCCACCAUGGGGACUCUCUGGUAUGCUCGUCAGAAGCGUUGGGCCCAUGUAUAGUCUCGUCGGGUCUAUCCUGACUUUGUGGCUGAGUUUGAUCGGUUGACACCUGAAGACGUUGUGUGGGAACCCUACUCCGAGUUGGCUAUAACCACUCGUGCACCGUUCGGGAUAUCUUCGGUUUGCUUUUAGGACCAGGCCUUUUGGAUGACAACUACAGCGUUGGUGUACGACGUUUACAUUGAGGCUCACUGCCCGGACAGAGUCAGGAGAUAGUUCGGUCAAAGGCAGUUGUAUCUUGUGCCGUCAGUAUUGGAUCGGGUCCAACACCAUGACCACAGUUUGUCGAGGACUGGUCAACCAUUCUCGAACAUGUGGGUGACAAGGGUGCAGCCUUGGGUCGAUGGCUGGGACCAGGCAGAGGAGAACGUGGCGCUUUCGACCCCUGCACACACGGAGGCUUCGUACAGGGCGUACCUGAGCUGGUACGAGGCUAAGACUCGUUGCCGCUUGCUAUAUGCUGACAUGUAUCCACAGCCGCAUGUUGCGACCCCACAUGAUGGUUAUGCACGACAUAGGGAUGAGGCAUUAACUGGUACAUUUGAAAUGUGCAGGUUGAUGAACGUAGAUGCCAGGGCGAAUUUGAUGAGGAUUCGAGCGGGAUCUAUGAUGGAUAGGAAUGAGCAAGAGUCAGCCUGGACCUGAGUUUCACAAAGAGUUCAUUCCAUGCUUGAAGCCUUUGGUAGCCGGACAUCGUACGAGGACUCCUACGGUUCGUCUCAAGCCUCGACCUCGUUUCCUUGUGAUCCCACACAGCAGCAGCCUUCCCCAGCACCUUAUUGGUCUCAGCAGCAUUAUCCAGGUGAUGGACACCCACCUUAUCAACCUCAUGGAGGGACCCAGUUUAGUACCAUGGCACCAGCUGCAGGGAUGUCAUUUCAACCAACACAGGCACCACAACGACCUUUCGGAUCACAACAGUUAUAUGAUGCGGGACCUUUUUCGUAUUACCCUAUGGCGACAACAGAAGGAACGCAAGGUACGUACGAUGAAUAUGUACCCAAAUAUAUGACUUAUAAGACGAUGAUUAAGAUAUCUUAAUUGCUACUGCAUAUGGGCCACACAAGAUACUUUUGAGGCGAGCUUCGAAGACUGGAGUCGGUUAUUUUCUACACCUAACCAGCAGGCCGAUCCUACUUUCCAGACACCUGUGGUCACCGGACGUCCAGGUAGAGACGUAGGGCCUCUAGACCGACACACUUACCUUACAGACCACGUCCAUGCACAUCGUAAAAGAGGUCGACAUGGCCGGGGUGGUUAGGAGAUUACUGAGAGAGCUUGGCACAAAUGUAACAGAAGAUUUGGUUGUGCUGAUGCCAAAUUUGCUGUCAUUUUUGAAGCAUGAUGAUCCUGCGGUUGUUAAGCAAUCUAUAGCUAGUGGGACAAAUUUAUUUGCUGCUGUAUUGGAAGAGAUGGCACUUCAGAUUAACAAGUGCGGAAAACUUGAAGCUUGGCUCGAAGACUUGUGGGCUUGGAUGAAGCAGUUCAAAGAUGCAGUCCGUGGUGUGAUGCAUGAGCCUGGACCUAUUGCAACUAAACUACUCGCUGUAAAGUUCAUUGAAACAUGGAUUUUGUGUUGCACAUCUCAAGCCAACAGUGACCAAAUACAGCCAACUGAAGGGAAAAACUGGAGAUUUGAUAUUUCACGAUUAUCUCAAUUUCAUCCUAGCCUUGAUCCUGUUGUUCUGGAAGCUGAUGCACACAGAGCUCUCAUCCUCCUCCUGGAUAUUCUGCAAUCAGCUUAUGCUCAUCGAGGAUCCUUCCUAGUUGGCACCAUUAAUUCUCUUGCGGCAGUUGUAAAGAAUCGGCCAAUUUACUAUGACCGUGUGCUGCCAGUGCUACUUGAUUUCAACCCUGGCUUGGAAACUGCAAAAGGUGCACACUCAGCAAGCCUGCGUUAUGCCCUAAGAGCAGCCUUUUUGGGGUUUCUAAGGAGUCCUCACCAGGCAAUGGUUGAGUCCAAAGACAUAUUGAUGCGGCGGCUUCGUGCUCUCAGCCCUGGCGAGGCAAUGGAACAAAAUAUUAGGCAGGCAGAGAAGAUGUCUAGGAAUAUUGAGCGUGCUUCUCGCGCUGCCAAGGAUGAGUCUCCAGCAUGGGAGAUGCCUUAUGGAGAUAAUCGGAACAAACCUGCUGAUAGACCAAGUGAUGUUCUUGCUAUGUCUGAUGGCAUAGCUAAGAGAGCAAGAUUUGACACAUCUGCCACUUCUAACUUGCCAGUUCUGGGAUCCUCUGAUUAUUCUGAUAUGCAGACUGACAAUGAUGCCAAUGUGGGCCAUUUAUCUGAUCCAGCUCUUUUGAACAGUGACGUGUCUCCUGUUGAGAAGAUGAUUGAAAUGAUUGGUGCUUUACUUGCUGAAGGAGAAAGAGGAGCUGAAUCCCUGGGUAUUCUUGUCUCAACAGUAGAGGCAGAUGUCAUGGCGGACAUUGUGAUAGAAACAAUGAAACAUCUACCAGGAGCCUCAUUUCCUUUAGCAAAAAAUAAUGGUGUCCAGAAACCGGAUUUUAAAUAUUCAUCUGGUCUCUUAACAGAGAACCUGGCAGUCAAUCCAGACUCGUCACUGUUCGCUGCACCAUCAACAUCCACAGCUGAUGGAGUCAGCAUCUCACCAUCUGACCCCCUUUUUAUGCCUGGUGUUCAUGAUGCUAAGCGUGAUCCAAGAAGGGACCCUCGUCGCCUCGAUCCACGGCGGACAGUGUCACCUGCUGCUGUAAAUUCGUUACAGGUGAGGGUGGAAACUAAUAGCAUGCAUCAGACAGAUAAUUUGCCAAAUGCACUUUGCUCCAAUUCUGGGAAGGCUGAAAACUAUUCAGAUUAUUCAAGAGAUUUACCAAAAAAUGAAGAUGAACAUCACUCAGCUUCUCAACCCAGUCAAACAAUUGCCAAAGACAAGUCAGAGCUUUCAGAUGUUACCACUGAGCCGGAGCCAACCUUUGAAGUUGAGGCACCAGUGGAUGUUGGGAUUCAUUCUUCUGAUGUCGAUGAAGAGAUGCUGAAUCCCAUGUCUUCAGAAGUUACUUCAAUAGAUGAAUCUGAUAGUUUGGAUUUAGAGGUUGAUCCCUUUUUACCAGGUCCUGAGGCAUCAACACCAGAUGAUACCAAUCACGACUUGGCAGUUAUUACAUCUCAUUUGGAACUAAGUGAUAAAAAGAAAUCCUUAUUGAACAAACUUGCCAUUGGGCGGAUAAUUGGUGAUUACAAGAAAGAUAGUCUCAAUGCCAGAUUUUCUUUGCUUGCACAUUUGAUUGCCCAGAGUGCUGAUGAUGAUAAUAUUAUGGAUUUGAUUCAGAGGCACAUUAUCUUUCAUUAUCAUGAUCAGAAGGGGCAUGAACUGGCAAUGCAUGUAUUGUAUCUGCUACAGAGUAUGAAUGUUGCUAAUUCGCCAGAAAGCUCUACCUCCACUUCUAAACAUUAUGAAAAGUUCUUUCUAUCACUUGCGAGGUCCUUGAUUGACUCAAUGCCUGCUUCAGACAAGUCAUUUAGCAAACUUUUAUGUGAUGCGCCAUAUCUGCCUGAGUCUUCAUUUAGAUUACUAGAGGGUCUUUGCAUGUCAGAAGACAACAGCCAACAAAUAAAGGACGGGGAUGGUGACCGUGUCACCCAAGGCCUGGGGACUGUAUGGAGCCUUAUCUUGGGCCGGCCUCCGCUUCGCCAUGUUUGCUUGGAUAUUGCUCUGAAGUGUGCCGUCCACUCUCAAGAUGAAGUCAGGGGAAAGGCAGUUAGAUUGGUUGCAAAAAGGCUAUAUGAUCUGACAUACGCAACAGAAAAAAUCGAGCAGUUCGCCACAGAUAGUCUUGUAGGAGUUGCUAAUGAGCAUGAUGUGGACACAGAUAUUAACUUGAAACCCUUAAAAGAAUCUACAGCUGAGUUUGAGGUAGGCAGUCAGGAAACUUCAGUUAGCGGUUCUCAGAUUCCAGAUGCUGGGUGUUCUGAAAGUGGGUCACUCAAGACAUCAUUGAUUUCACCGAAACAAUCCUCAGUAUCAUUAUCUGAGGCAAAACGCCAUACGUCUUUGUUCUUUGCACUUUGCACAAAGAGGCCUAAUCUUCUUCAGCAUCUGUUCAAUGUUUAUGGAAGGUCUCCAAAAGUUGUCAAGCAGUGUAUCCAUUGGCAUAUGCCCAGCCUUGUAAGUAAUUUGGGGUCCUCAUGUCCUGAGAUGCUGAACAUAAUUCAUAAUCCACCUGAAGGCAGCGUACAUCUUAUUACCUUGAUACUACAAACAUUGACUGACGAGUCAACUCCUUCAGCUGACCUAGUUGCUGCUGUUAAACAAUUAUAUAAUACCCUGAAGGAUGCAUCCAUUCUUAUUCCUUUGCUGCCUUCAUUUCCAAAGGAAGAGGUAUUGCCCAUAUUUCCGAGGCUAGUUGAUCUUCCGCUUGAGAAAUUCCAAGAUGCGCUUGCUCGGAUAUUGCAGGGAACUGCUCAUACCGGUCCAGCAUUGACUCCUGCUGAAGUUCUGAUUGCAAUUCAUGAUAUUAACCCAGAGAAAGAUAAAGUUGCCUUAAAAAAGGUCACAGAUGCUUGUACAGCAUGCUUUGAGCAGCGUACGGUAUUUACUCAGCAAGUCUUGGAGAAGUCACUGAAUCAAUUGGUUGACAGGAUACCAAUUCCUCUUCUUUUUAUGAGAACAGUUAUUCAAGCACUUGAUGCUUUCCCAGCUUUGGUUGAUUUUGUCAUGGGAAUACUCUCUAGGCUUGUCAAUAAACAGAUAUGGAAAAUGCCAAAGCUAUGGGUUGGGUUUUUAAAAUUGGCAUUCCAGACUCAGCCACGUUCUUUCGAUGUCUUAUUACAGCUACCUCCACCACAGCUUGAAUAUAUGUUGAAUAAGUAUCCCAAUCUUCGAACACCUCUUUCUUCCUUUGUUAAUCAGCGGAACAUGCAUAACACCUUGCCCAGACAGAUUUUGAAAAUUCUGGGCUUCUUUAGCGAACCUCAGCAGGCACCAAUAUCGUUUGUGCCUGCUACAUUACAGACAGCAGAUGCAACCUCCUCACUUCCUGGUGCAACCCUGAUGUGAGUACGACGUUGUAGUACCAAUCGGGCACUUACAGAUCUUUGUAGACAGGAGUGAUAUGGGCUUGGAAUGGAGCAUGGAGGAAGAUUGCUGUCCAUCAGACAUGCUGCUAUUCUGUGAUGACAAGUGGCUAGAAGUGCUUCCUUAGGAGAUGUCGACAACAAAGAGAAGAUAAUUGUUUGGAGUGAGGUCCAGUGUUUGUGCAGGAGGGUUUGAUUCUAUGAAUUGAAGUCCAUCCAAGUUGUAUAGUAGCUGUACUAUUAUGGCAAAAUGUCCCAUCGUCGAGGUUUGAGAGUCCCUCGAUUGCAGGCCCAGGCAAAGCAAAAGGAAAGAGCUUAGGCUCAUUACAGGAACGUAACCCAUAUUACCCGAUCUCCAUCUUUGUCUUCCUGGAAACAAGGAAGUCGGAUCGCAGCAGCUGCAUUCCUUUCAUAGGGAGCCGGCAUUUGACUAAUUUACUCUAACCAUUGCUGUAACAAUUUGUCUGUGUACAUUAGUUAAUUGAGUUUUGCUGCCAGUGUUAACAAACAUGCUCGCGCUUCCAUCUGUUUCGUUAUACUUGUUCUCUCUGGCGACAAUAAUUUACCGUCAUGAGAGAAUCCGCUAAUCAAGAAACCAAUAAAUGGUAAUGAUUUUAUA